GUUGCCACUCCUCCCUUCUUCUCUCUUCUUCUUCGUCUUCCCUCCCUUCCCCAUUUGAAACCUCUCCAAAUCCCCCCACCCCAGCCAACCUAGGGUUUGCUUGCUCCUAUUCCUCCCCACCCGCCGCCUGCGCCGCCCUCACCGCCGCCGCCGCGCCCAUGGAGAAGUACGAGAAGCUGGAGAAGGUAGGGGAAGGGACGUACGGCAAAGUGUACAAGGCGCAGGACAAGGCGACGGGGCAGGUGGUGGCGCUGAAGAAGACGCGGCUGGAGAUGGACGACGAAGGGAUCCCGCCCACGGCGCUGCGCGAGAUCUCGCUCCUCCGGCUCCUCUCCUCCUCCCUCUACGUCGUGCGCCUCCUCGCCGUCGAGCAGGCCACCAAGGGCGAGGGCGGCAAGGCCGUGCUCUACCUCGUCUUCGAGUUCCUCGACACCGACCUCAAGAAGUUCGUCGACGGAUUCCGCCGCGGGCCCUCCCCCAAGCCCCUCCCCACGGAGGUCGUCAAGAGUUUCUUGUAUCAGCUAUGCAAAGGAAUUGCACACUGCCAUGGCCAUGGUGUCCUUCAUCGGGACCUAAAGCCACAAAAUCUGUUGGUUGACAAGGAGAAGAUGAUAUUGAAAAUUGCAGACCUUGGAUUAAGCAGGGCAUUUACUGUUCCUAUGAAAAGCUACACCCACGAGAUUGUGACACUUUGGUAUAGAGCUCCUGAAGUAUUGCUUGGAGCAACACAUUACUCAACUGGUGUUGAUAUUUGGUCCAUUGGAUGCAUCUUCGCUGAGAUGGUCAGAAGACAGGCUCUUUUCCCUGGUGACUCUGAGUUACAACAACUGCUACACAUUUUCAGGCUGUUGGGAACUCCUACUGAGGAGGAUUGGCCUGGUGUGACUUCUCUGAGGGACUGGCACGAGUAUCCGCAGUGGAAGGCACAAAAGCUGACGCGUGCAGUCCCUACACUGGAACCCGAAGGAGUUGACCUGCUAUCGAAAAUGCUCCAGUUCGAUCCGGCCAACAGGAUAACGGCCAAGGCUGCGCUGGACCACCCUUACUUCGACAGCCUCGACAAGUCCCAGUUCUAGCCGUGUUCCACUUCAUCUGUGUGCUGUGCUCCCCAACUUUUCUGCCAUGAGUUGGGUGCUGCUGAAAACAUGGUUCUGCACACUCAGCAAUGCCGUGUUGCUCCUAGUUUGGCCUAAAACCUCCAGCCAGGUUGAAAUUUCUUUUUCCGAACUGUCAACUGAAGAUGCUUGUUCUUCAGAUACCAUAUGAGUGUUGUUCUCUCUGUACCGGCUUGUUUGAUAAGACGGAUUUUUUACGGACAAUGCGACAUGUGUGUACCAUAAUAAUAAGCUAUCUAUUCGUGAAAGAUA